AUGAAGAACAAACCAGAGAAGUAUGGCAUCAAACUGUUCUUUAUGUGUGACUCAAACACUGGUUAUGUACUAAAUAUGGAGGUUUACACAGGCAAAGGUGAUGACUUCACAAUUAUUCCAUUGUUUGAACAUCUACUUUCACCCUACUUAUCUAAAGGUCACACUGUUUACAUGGACCGGUUUUAUACUAGCCCUAAAGUUAUUGACUUCUUAUGGAGCAAAGACACUUUAGGUGUUGGCACUGUUGUGCUAAACAGAAAAGAAAUGCCUAAGAGUUUGAAAAAAGCUGUACUGAAGAAAGGAGAAAUGACAUUCAGACACAGACCACAUAUGAUGGCUUGUAAGUGGAAGGACACCAGGGAUGUGGCAGUGUUGUCUUCAAAACAUGGGGCAACAGUAUCUGACAUAACUGUCAGGGCUAAAGGGGGCCAUAUAAAAAAAUUCAAGCCCGAUGCAGUCCUUGAUUAUAAUAUAAACAAGACAGGUGUUGAUCGAAGUGAUCAACUUGUUGCUUACUAUCCCUUCAAAAAGAAAAGUAUGAAAUGGUGGAAGAAGCUUUUCUUCCAUCUUUUCAUUUGUGGAAUAGUAAACAGUUACAUAAUGUAUAAAAUGUCACACAGACAACCAUGUUCUCUGCAUAAAUUCAUGUCUGUGAUUGGAGAAAAACUGGCCAUGAUGGCAAGGGAGGAACAAGUGGGAGUGAACCCUUCGACUGUAGGCGACAGACUAACUGGGCGUCAUUUUGGAAGAAAAAUUCCUCCAACUGACAACAAAGCGAGGCCAUGCAGAUCGUGCAAAGUGUGUGGUGACAGGGCUAAGAAAGAAACUGGAAAGUGGAAGAGGAAAGAUACAACUUAUUAUUGUGCAAUGUGUGAUGUUGCGCUGUGCAUGCCAGAAUGCUUUGAACUAUUUCAUAUGAAAGCCAGUUACAUAUAA